UUGCGACAGUAGUCGAGCGCUUGGCCGUGCCGGUCGGGGAGAGGCAAAGCUCAGCGUGGCUGUGAGGGGAAUAAGCCCGGCAUCGCCAUCGCCAUCCCGCGUCCUGUUGACACCUCCUCGGCCUGCGCGGUGAGUAUGUGAGGCGCAGCGGGCGGGUGGAGUGAGCGGACCGUGCCGAGCGAGGAAGCAAGCAAGGAAGGGCAAGUUGACGCCAUGACCGUGUUCAGGCUGACGACCCAGGCCUACUGCAAGAUGCUGCUACACGCCGCCAAGUACCCGCACUGUGCCGUCAACGGCAUCCUGGUGGUCGAGAGGUUCAAGAGGAAGGAGGGCCAGCCCGUGCUCUUUGUGGACUGUGUGCCCUUCUUCCAUGGCACCCUGGCCCUCGCUCCCAUGCUGGAAGUGGCUCUGACUCUGGUGGACUCUUGGUGUAAAGAAAAUAACUAUAUAAUAGCUGGAUACUACCAGGCAAAUGAACGCAUGAAGGACACCAGCCCAAACCAGGUUGCUGAGAAGGUUGCUUCUCGAAUCGCUGAAAGCUUCAAUGAUGCAGCCCUUAUCAUGGUGGAUAAUCAUAAAUUUACAAUGGAGUGUGAGGAACAAUCAAUUGUAGUAUAUGAACACCAUGAAAACAAAUGGCGAUGCAAAGACCCAAAUAUAGAUUUCUGUGAAGAUUGGUCAGAGGUGCAACGAAUCACGACGUGUCUACUGGAUGGUAAAUCCUAUGACUCCUUGGUGGAUUUUGAUAACCACAUGGACGAUCUCAGGAAUGACUGGACAAACCCAGAGAUCAACAAAGCCGUCCUCCAUUUCUGCUGAUGCACCUUUGAAUAUCCGAGGGCAUUCUCUUGAUACAUGGAAACCCACUGACACGUUUGGCUGUAAUGAGUUACCCUUUUGAAUGUGAAGUCAGAGCAGUAAAAUGACAGUGAAAGCAUUGAACACUCCAGUUCACUGUGCCAAGAGAUGUGAAAUGUUUCAGUCUCCUGAUAAUUGACCCAAGAGUCCCUUUGGUUUUUUUUCAAGAAAACGGGAUUUGAAAUCAAAUUGCCCAUUUUGUUUUGGUUGGUUAAAUUGGGGUUUUCGAUAUUUCUAAAGAUUUGAAAUAUGUGUGUGAUUUCUAAAGUAUAUAAUCUUAGAAUAACUUGUAUUUUAAAGAAUUGUUUGAUUUAAAUUAGUUUAUGCUGCUCUUGACUCAGUUUCUAUCGGUAAUCUUUUUAUUCCAGUUGCUAAUGCAGUUCUCCAGUGUUAGGCAUUUGGCCUUUGAUUAAUUUACAACGGUCAGUGAGGAUGUUUUUCGGUUAAUUGAGAAAAUGAGUUUGAGGUUGGAGACUUUGGACAAACCAAAGUGCUUACAUUUCAAAGGUAUUUCAUUGGCUCAAAGCAUUUUUGGCUGCCUUGGGCUUGCAAAGGUGCUGCACAAGUCAUUCAUUAAUAGCAUUGUGUAGAAUCUAUUAAUUUGAAACUGAUGUUCUGUAUAAUAGCAGGCUAGUUUAAAUAUUUUUAAAAUCCAUUUGAGCACUACAUAGGACUAACUAUGCUUGAGCAUCUAAACAGGAUCCUUGUAAUCUGUAAUCUAUUAGAUGUUUUAAAGGAGAGCAAGAAAAUUAGUUAUGAAAUGUUCAUAAAACUUAAGGAUUACUUAUUUGUAACGCAGUGCUGGAGUAACCGAGCUGGUCAGGCAGCAUCUGUGGAAGAAAAUGUGCUGAUGACACUGCAGUUCAGGAAUUCAAUGUGUCCACUUCACCCCACGGAUGCUGCCUGACCUGAAUUCCUCUAGUAAUUUUUUUUUUCCCUCAAGGCACCAGCAUUUGUACUCUGGUCUCGGUUAUUGUAAUCGUUCCAUCCAACAUGGAUUUGUUUUUAUUGCAUCCAAACUUAGUUAGAAAACCACUGUUCUUCAAAUGAGAAAUCUCAGCAACCUAGAAUUUGUAACCUUUUUGUAAUCUAAUCUUAUUGUAGGGUAUAUUCCUGUUCGAAGAGUUUACUUGGGAUCUGAUAUCUGCAAAUACGAUUUUGUUUUGUCUUUAAUCUGUUUCUGCUAUUGUGCACAAGUUGCAUCUUUUAACUGUUAUCGCAUUAAUAUUUCCAAGGAAGGGAGAACUGAAAACAAUUCAAAGCAAUGUUGUUGCAUUGGAAGAAACUUGAAUUUCUAUUUAAGAGACAAAAUAUAGCUUUCCUCGUGGUUAACAUCUUUGUGUAACCUAUUAUAAAAUGUUUUUUGAUAACCAUCCAAGUUCUGUAGUUAACCUGUUGUAUGACAUACAUUUUCUUAAAACAAAAAACCUCAUGUGUAGGGUUGAAAAUAUUCUGCAUCCAAGUCAGAUUAAAAAGGCUAGAAACACUGAGCAUGUCAAACAAUGCCCGUGGAAGGAGAAGCAAUUAACAUUUUGGUCAAGGACCUUUCAUUAUAAAAGUCUUUAGCUUGAUGCAUCAACUCUUCAGCUGACCUGUUUCUAGCAUUUAUUUAAUACUUUCAGAUGCAAUUCUGAUUUGUUCAAGCCAAUUGCUUGAAAUCUAGUUUCAAAAGAACUUGCAGAUAUUUGGUGCUGAGCUAUGUACCAACAAGCAUGUCCUUGCGUUCAGACUUAAUGAGUUAUUUUGGAUUGGGAGGAUGGGAAUCAACUGGUCAUGGUGCUAGCAAUUUCCUGGCAAAUCAAAUUUAUUUUUGUGAAGUGUUUGGUUAUUACAUCACACCUUUGUUUCCUGAAGUACGUUCCAAGUAGAAAUGCAGACGGUUUGGGUCUGUAAAGUGUUUUGAGCUCUACAAGAAAAGCUAUUUUGUUUUUUCUUGCCGAGUUUCAAUUUAACAAAAUGGGAAGACGUGCGUGCACGUUUGCAGAGCACGAGCCAGAGAAGCUGGUCGCAGCUCAUCUAUCACUUGCUCAAGGAGGCAAUUGUCAUUCUUUCCCCUGAUCAUUCUUCCUGCUAUCAAAACAGUUGCCAGAAGAUUUUAUUUUAAGUUGGGUCACAGAUCCCUGUGUUUUCAAUGGAAUAAUAGUUUGAGGGUCUAAAUAGCCUGUCUAUUCCUUUUGAAGUUGUCAUGCUUUGGACUUGGUUCUAACAAACCACUCUACUGUUUAAAAUCAUUUAAAUGCAAACAUUACUUUUACAAAUACAAAGGAACACUUUACUUAACAUCAACCUCAAGUUUUGUUUGGAUGACAGUGGGAGAUAAACUGCUAGAAAGCAUCAAAGUAUUUUCCAUAAUUCCAGCCUUUUAAAUGUGUACAGUGAAACAGAAGCUUAUGGCAAUGUGGAUUGAGAAUUGGUAGCAUGAAGGGGAAACUGGGUUGGUGAAGUUGGUAAGAGGAAAUUAUUGAUAGCUUGAGUACAAUGCUGAAACUACAAUAGGAAAAUGUAUGGUAAGAAGCAAGAAUGUUUUGAUAGCAUUUGAUGUCUCAAAGCAUUCAUCCUUUUCAGAUCCUGAGCGAUCUCUCUAUUUUAGCACUAUGUAUUUAUUUUACAUUUCCAGCAGUUGAUUUUCAUCUCUAAUAAAACAAACAAACUACUUUCAAAA